GAUUUGGAAAAACACGGAUUACUAAAGUUUUUCCCAUCUAGCGGCUGCUGCUACUCCAUCUCAAUCAUCACCAAAAUUUAAGUGUCAUUCAACAUCAAUCCCUAAAUUUCUUUAAUUUCCAAAACCAUUAACAAAAAAACUCUAAAAAAGCAUCAAAAUGCAUUGGAUUAAAUUAUUAUUAAGCGCUUUGGCCGCUUUAACUCUUAUUAUUCAGGAGGUCAACACAUCCGGCUUAUUUGAAUUACGUUUAAAAUAUUUCAAAAACGAUUACGGUCGCGAUAGCGAGGGCCACUGUUGUAGUGGCCAAUCGGAUUCGGCGACGGGCAGAUGUAUCGGUGGUUGUAAAACACGGUUUCGGGUCUGUCUAAAACACUAUCAAGCUAAAAUCGAUACAACAUCACAGUGCACGUAUGGUGAUGUUGUAACACCCAUAUUGGGUGAGAAUUCCGUUAAUUUAACCGAUUCGCAAGCUUUACAAAAUAAAGACUUUUCCAAUCCCAUACAAUUUGCCUUCAAUUUCGCAUGGCCGGGUACUUUUACUUUAAUCGUGGAAGCUUUACAUGAUACUGACAAUGAUAGCAAUGCUCGUUCUAGCAAUUUGUUGAUACAACGUUUAUCAGUGCAACAAGUUUUGGAAGUAUCACCCGAAUGGAAAACGAAUAAAUCUGAAGCACAAUACACUUGGUUGGAAUAUGAUUUUCGUGUUACUUGUGAUUCACAUUAUUAUGGUGCGGGUUGUGCUAAUCUCUGCCGGCCCAGAGAUGAUCAAUUUGGUCAUUAUACAUGUUCCGAAACGGGAGAGAUUAUAUGCUUGUCCGGAUGGCAAGGAGAUUAUUGUGAUAAACCUAAAUGUGCCAAAGGUUGUGAACAUGGUCAUUGUGAUAAACCCAAUCAAUGCAUUUGUCAAGCCGGCUGGAAGGGUUCUCUCUGCAACGAAUGUGAAGCCUAUCCCGGCUGUGUGCAUGGAACAUGCUCCAAACCCUGGGAAUGUAUCUGCAAUGAAGGUUGGGGUGGUCUGUUCUGUAAUCAAGAUUUGAACUACUGCACCAAUCAUCGUCCCUGUCAAAAUGGUGGUACCUGUUUCAAUACCGGCCAAGGCUUAUACACCUGCAUGUGCCCUCCCGGUUACAAUGGACCCGAUUGUCAAAACGUAAUAAAUUCCUGCAGCGAAGAAAAUCCCUGUCAAAACUCUGGCAUCUGUAUUGAAGAAGCCUCGAAACGUGGCUAUAAGUGUGAAUGCAAAAAAGGCUGGUCCGGACGUUUGUGCGAAGAUAAGGUGGUUACUUGUGCCGAUAAGCCUUGCAUGCAUGGCGCCUGUCGUGAUUCUUCCAAGGGCUUCCAAUGUGAGUGUCCCAAUGGCUAUAGCGGUACUAAUUGUGAAAUACAUGUCGACACCUGUGCUCCCAAUCCCUGCCAAAACAAAGGAACCUGUUUGGUUACCUCUAAUGGUUCGCCUAAAUGUCAAUGUCCCAGUGGUUUUACCGGUGCCUUGUGUGAGGAGAAUAUAGAUGAUUGCCAGGGUAAUCCCUGUCAGAAUGGCGGCACCUGCAUUGAUUUGAUUAACCAGUUUAGAUGUCAAUGUGUGCCUGGCUUCUUUGGCUCGUUGUGUUCGGAUAAAGUGGAUUUGUGUUUGACUAAACCCUGUGCCAAUGGUGGUACUUGCACCAAUUUGAGUAAUGAUUAUCAGUGUGCCUGUCGUGCUGGCUUUACCGGCAAAGAUUGUUCGGUGGAUAUAGAUGAAUGCAGUUCGGGUCCUUGCCACAAUGGUGGUACAUGUGUUAAUCGUGUUAAUAGUUUCCAUUGUGUGUGUGCUAAUGGUUUCCGGGGCCAGCAGUGUGAUGAAGAAUCCUAUUCCUCCGCCACCUUUGAUGCCCGACAAUAUGAGGCUACUACCCAGGCCAGAAGUGAUGGUUUAACCAGCGGCCAGGUGGUAUUAAUAGCCAUACUCUCGGUAGCCAUGCCUUUGGUGGCUGUCAUAGCCGCCUGUGUGGUCUUCUGCAUGAAACGUAAACGCAAGCGUGCCCAAGAGAAAGAUGAUGCUGAGGCUCGCAAACAAAAUGAACAAAAUGCAGUGGCUACUUUACAUCAUAAUUCGGCGGGUUUGUCCAGUGUGGCAGUAGCUGCUUUGGGUGUAAAACGUGGCUCCAAUUCUGGUCUGACUUUCGACAACUCCAAUCCCAACAUCAUCAAAAACACCUGGGAUAAAUCCGUCAACAAUAUUGCCAGCUCUGCCUCGACCGAUGAAUGUCUGAUGAAUACUUCUUUGUAUGGCGGUGCUUUGUCCAACUAUGCUGCUGACAACAAUGCCAAUUCCGAGUUCUGCGGCGUAGGCCAAAUACAGCCUUUGCAAAGAGCCAAAUCUCAAAAACAACUCAACACAGAUCCCUCUCUUAUGCAUCGGGCUUCUCAAUUGAUGGGCGCCGUAGGAGGCUCUCACAACAGCGCUGCACAUGCACCUACCAAAGACUAUGGAGCCAGCUCUUCGAAUGCAGAGAACAGCAAAAGAAUCUCUGUGCUGGGAGAAAGUGCUUACUGUUCCCAAAGGUGGCCCUCAUUAGCGGCCCAAGGUGUGGCCGGAGGCUGUGGUUCCUCUACAACUUCGGCGGUGGCUGCAACGGCCCAAAGAUCUAUAGUUUGUGGCACUCCUCAUAUAUAGAGAGAGCCAGCCAACAGAAUUUUAGGAACAAAUUUUAGGUGUAAAGUUAAUAAAAGCAAGAAAAACAAAAAAAACAAGAUUUAAGGAAACCAAGCGCUGUUGAAUAUUUUUAUAGAUUUAUAUAAAGCAACCACACAAAACUACUCAUUACAUUUUAAACUACUCUUCUUAAUAACCCCAUUCUCUCUCUCUCUCACACGAUUUGUCGAUU